AUGGCAGCUCGCAGGGUUUCUUCUUUACUCACUCGCUCUGCUUUUCUUUCUUCUGUACUUCAGGGAAGAAAUAAUGGUGGAAGGAUCCGUAAGUUCAGCAGUACUGCUACUGCAGUUGAGGAACCAAUUACCCCACCGGUUAAGAUAAACUACACCCAGCUACUAAUCAAUGGCCAGUUUGUAGAUUCUGCUUCAGGCAAAACAUUUCCUACCUUGGACCCUCGCAAUGGAGAAGUCAUUGCAAAUGUUGCUGAAGGUGAUGUAGAAGACAUCAACCGCGCUGUUUCUGCUGCUCGCAAGGCGUUUGAUGAGGGUCCUUGGCCAAGAAUGACUGCCUAUGAAAGGGCGAGGAUUAUGUUGCGAUUUGCUGAUUUAGUGGAGAAACAUAGUGAUGAACUUGCUGCUCUUGAGACAUGGGAUAAUGGGAAACCUUAUGAGCAAUCUGCCAAAGUUGAACUACCAAUUUUCGUCCGCCUAUUUCACUAUUAUGCUGGUUGGGCGGAUAAAAUACAUGGUUUAACAGUUCCAGCUGAUAGCCCUCAUCAUGUUCAGAUUCUACACGAACCAAUUGGUGUGGCAGGUCAAAUUAUUCCCUGGAACUUUCCACUUCUGAUGUUUGCUUGGAAGAUUGGACCAGCACUUGCAACUGGGAACACUGUUGUCCUCAAGACGGCUGAGCAAACACCAUUAACUGCUCUUUAUGUUGCAAAAUUGUUCCACGAGGCUGGUCUUCCUCCUGGUGUUCUGAAUGUAGUAUCAGGUUUCGGGCCAACUGCUGGUGCAGCUCUGGCCAGUCACAUGGAUGUGGACAAGCUCGCUUUCACAGGGUCAACAGAGACAGGAAAGAUUGUACUUGAAUUGGCUGCAAAAAGCAAUUUGAAACCAGUUACUCUAGAACUUGGUGGCAAAUCGCCAUUCAUUGUGUGUGAAGAUGCUGAUAUUGGAAAAGCUGUAGAGCAAGCACAUUUUGCUCUUUUCUUUAAUCAGGGCCAAUGCUGCUGUGCAGGAUCUCGUACAUUUGUUCACGAGAAAGUUUACGAUGAGUUCUUGGAAAAAGCUAAGGCUCGCGCUAUGAGGCGUAAAGUUGGGGAUCCCUUUAGAAAAGAAACUGAACAAGGUCCUCAGAUCGAUUCAGAGCAGUUUGAAAAAGUUCUUAGGUACAUCCGAUCAGGAGUUGAAAGCAAUGCAACCCUGGAAUGUGGAGGGGAAAGAAUAGGCUCAAAAGGAUACUUCAUACAACCUACUGUAUUCUCAAAUGUGAAGGACGACAUGUUGAUUGCAACUGAUGAAAUUUUUGGUCCAGUACAAUCCAUCUUGAAGUUUAAGGACCUUGAUGAGGUGAUUAGAAGGGCAAACGCUACAAGAUAUGGCCUAGCAGCCGGAGUUUACACGAAGAACAUAGAUACAGCAAACACAUUGUCCAGAGGAUUGAGAGCUGGAACAGUUUGGAUCAACUGCUUUGAUGUGUUUGAUGCUGCUAUUCCCUUUGGAGGCUACAAGAUGAGCGGCAUCGGAAGGGAGAAAGGAAUUUAUAGCCUUCACAACUAUUUACAAGUGAAGGCUGUGGUUACUCCUUUGAAAAAUCCAGCUUGGUUGUAA